GAACUUGCCGAACCCGGUUUCCAGUACUCGUAUUCGCCAUCAUGAUCAUAUCGAUAUACGGCCGCUCUAAUGUUCGAAUAAACGCAAAAUGCCUGGUUUCGGAGUUCAGUUAUGAUAAUCCUUGGAGGCCUUGGCAGAUACUCACCUGUUGUCGUUGAAGGUGCCUCAACGGUGGCGACACCUUCAGCUACGGUACGCGUCGACACCAAAGAAGACACAGAUGCAGCGACAACCGUCCUGACACGAACAUUCAUCAAUGAUUUCGCCAUGAAUUUGUAUGGCUGCAUCAAGAAGAGAAAUGCGUCUACCGACAUUGAUUCCCGGGACCCUGGAGUGCAGCGGACAGCGGGGUUGUUACCCUUGCCGUGGUACCGCAAGGUGAUGGGAAAGGAGAGAAAGUUGUUGGGGUAGCAGUGUAGCUUCAGCCCGGGGCAGACGUUUCACAUGCCGCUGGGAAAGUUGCUGAAAUCUGUGUAUUGGCAAAGGAGA